AGGCACCAUCAGGUCGCUUUUUUGAUAUACUUGAAAAGUCAUCCCAGCACCCCCACUCCUCGUCCCAUCCAAGAAGUUAUAGACUUUCUAGACGAAAGAGAAAGUUUUGUUUAGCCUUAUAUUGCCUGACAUUUUGUAUUUGUUUUUGUUUCUUGUGUUAAUCGGUCCUCGUCCUUGUUCCUUGGUUGUAGACGCGGCACGUUUACGUUUAGCUGUUGGAAUAGAGGCUUCUUCAAGAAUUGAGUACCGUGGUACGAUAAUUAUGUUUUCUGAGGAUAAAUCGUUGGUUGCGAUACUUACAUAGAUAAGUACUCUCAUCACUAUCUUCUGACAUUGAAUAAAAUGUUUUCCUUCUUGAACUUGAUAACAGAAUAAGAAAUAUGAAAUGCUGAGGAAUAAUCAUUGAUGAAUCUUUUACCUUCCUUCAAACUAUUGAUAAACGCUCUGAGUAUAAAAAUAAUAUAAUAGUAAUAUUAUUGCUAUCUACUUCACGCUCCUACUACGUACGUAAAAUUGAAGAUGUCUUCAUCUUCUUGUUCUUCUAGAACUUGAGAACUGGAAGAGGAAGACUCCGAAAGCUUGAACUCAACACAAGAAGAUGCCAGAGAUCGAUUAGCUUGAGAACUUGGAACAGAUCAAUUAACCUGGUAGGCCCGCAUGCACCUAACCUAACGCUAACCUAACAGAUCAAUUAACUCAAGAUGCCAGACAUAGACUGUUGUACUUGCGGGAAAAAAAUCGUGGGCACUUACUUCGACACGCUGGAUGGCGAGCAGUGUCCCGCAUGUGCAGAAGCGGCUGCCGGCUUCUGUGCCGUUUGCAAGAAGACUUUGUUCAACUGUGGCCCAACUGGCGAUGUUGGUGAUUUGAAGAUCCACGCUGCCUGUUUUGAGUGCUGCGAAUGCGAAGAGCAGAUCGAUGGAGGCUUUACCGAUAAGAGGGACUUGUGGAAGGAACUGGGAAAAGAUUUAUGGCUUUGGCUUGUUGUUACCGUAAUUCUACUUCGUCAUCUCUUCGAGACUUCAUCUUAAAAGGUGUUGUAAGUAUGUAUCUUUGACGUACUCAUCUUUGUCUUGCAGUUGAGAUCUACAAAAGAAGAAAAGAACUAUAUUUAGAACGUCAUUUGCGCACCCGCCUCAUGGCUGGGUAUAUCAUCGUCAUCAUUUGUGUUAUUUUCAAGAAGGGUGGGGAAAUCGUCCUUAAGAACAUUUAAGUACCUCUUUCUGAGGUGAGUACAUUUUUUGUUUUUUUUUUGAUCUUCUAAUAAAUGGGAGCAGUUUUGGGCAGUGUGCUUGGGUGUGCGAUGAUUGUGCGGAGACCGUGCGUAAAGAAAAUAAGCCCAAUGGUGGAGAGUGUCCCUUUUGUGGCGAAGACAUUGAAGCGGGAGAAGAAUUCAAAAAACUGGAUGAUGGACGCGAGUGUCAUAAGAAGUGCUUUAAGUGUUACAAGUGCGAUAAGCCGAUUGAUGGAAAGUUUAUCCCAGAAGGAAAAAUUAAGGCUUGAAUUUGUAAUUCAUCAUCUUAGGAGGCAUCCUUGCUUGGGUUGAUACAUAACUUCAAGGGGAACGAAGACACGCCAGCCAAGUAAGAUGCACGUUAAGAUGAAAAAUAUCGGUAAGCUCUAAAAAAGACAAAUUUUGCUGCACGAAGUGUACUAAGAAGUGUGCUUUCUGUAAUGAGCCGCUGCUUGGGGAAAUCACUAUCUCCGAUGGCUUCGAGUACCACAAAGUAGGACCGGAUGGGUAUUGCUGCUUUCGAUGUAAACGGUGUAGAACGCCUCUGGGUGGCGUAGAGUACUUCAACGCGCCACCAGGGAAGACUGGGAGUUUCUGUAAAAGCUGCAAUAAGGACAUAAUGCAAGACCCCGAACUGGCCGACCAAGAAUUGCCACCUGGGAUCUGUUUGGCGUGUACGAUCAUGUAAGACAAGAAGAGGUACGAGGAGAAGAGGCACUAGAUCUAGAUAGAAGCAUCAAGCAGCGGUACCAGACAAA